AAACCUUUACCGCACGUACACCAAUCACGUAAGCCCUACAAAGGCAAGUUGUGGUCUAUAAAAAAGUCCCCGUUGGCCCUCUGAAGAUCACAGAUCAAAGUUCAAACCAUGGAGUUCAAUGCAUAUUUUCUUGUGUUCUUUUCUCUUCUAUUCGUGCUGCAGUAUAGUUCUUGUAGAAUCACUGCACCAUGCAGUCAAACCCCAUACCCUCAAGUGUGUCGCCAUUACAUUAACACUAACCUCUUAUCAACCCUAGAUCGUCACCAAAGGUUUGCAGUUCGUGACUUGGCACUUAAAGUGUCCAUGGACCAAGCCCUUAAAGCUCAUCAACUUGUCUCGUCCUUGAACUUGAACUCAUUGGACGGUGACCAUACUCGAGCCAAGGGGGCCUGGAAUGACUGCUUGGAGCUCUACGAGGAUACCGUUGACAAGCUCAACCGUUCCAUCGGCUCCACCAAUGCCCUUGAUGUCAAUACAUGGUUGAGUGCAUCGCUUACUAAUCAACAGACAUGCCAAAAUGGUUUCAAAAACCUCAACAUUCCUAGUUCUCAUUUGCAAUCUUUCCCAAACUACGUCACGCUCUCAACCAACUUGUCCAAGAUGCUUAGCAACUCACUAUCAAUACACAAGGUCUCAACUUCUUCAUCAGCUCUACAUUUUAGCAAACAAGUUCGUGGAAGACGACGGCGUUUGCUUUCGGAUGAUGGGUUCCCAGAAUGGGUUUCAGCCGCUGAUCGAAAGCUGCUACAAUCGAUAGGUAGCGGACCAAACGCUGAUAUGGUAGUAGCACAAGACGGGUCCGGGAAUUACAAGUCAAUUUCUGAAGCUGUGGAUGCUGCGUACAAGCUACAGGGUGGGGCGACUAAAAGGUUUGUCAUACACGUGAAGGCAGGAGUUUACAGAGAAAAUAUCGAGAUUAAGAGGACAAUGAAGAACAUCAUGUUCAUUGGAGAUGGUAUCGAUGCAACGAUUGUCACAGGGAAUAAAAAUGCCCAAGAUGGUUCAACUACAUAUCGCUCUGCCACAUUUGGGGCUACCGGAGAUGGCUUUAUUGCUCAAGACAUGACAUUCGAAAACACUGCCGGACCACAGAAACACCAAGCCGUGGCACUCCGCUCCGGCUCCGAUCAUUCAGUCUUCUACCGUUGCAGCUUCAAGGGUUACCAAGACACCUUAUACGUGUAUUCCCAACGCCAAUUCUACCGCGACUGCAACAUAUACGGCACGGUCGACUUCAUCUGCGGCGACGCUACGGUUGUGCUCCAAAAUUGCAACAUCUACGCGAGGAAACCAAUGAGCAACCAAGUAAACACCGUGACAGCGCAGUCUAGGACCGACCCGAAUGAAAACACAGGCAUUGUUAUUCAUAAUUCGCGAAUCACGGCUGCAGAACAAGGUUCGUUUAAGACGUACUUGGGUAGGCCGUGGAAAGAGUACUCUAGGACGGUAAUUAUGAAGAGUAAUCUUGAUGGGAUCAAUCCUGCUGGUUGGUUUCCGUGGAGUGGAAGCUUUGCCCUCUCCACACUUUAUUACGGGGAGUACAUGAACUCCGGCGCUGGAGCUGGUACUGGAGGGAGGGUCAACUGGCCCGGUUAUCGUGUUAUAACGAGUGCAGUGGAGGCCGGAAAGUUUACGGUUGGGAACUUUUUGGCCGGAGAUUCGUGGAUUCCGGGGACCAGAGUUCCAUUUACAGCUGGUCUAUGAUAAUGCAUGCAUAUGGUUGUGGAGAGAAGUUGUUUGAAUGGUUAGGGAGGGACUUGUCACAAUUGUGUAUUGUUGUGUGCGGAUAGUGACCUAAAGUAAAAAUCGUCACAUAGCUUGUUUUUAGCUUCCUUCUGGUAAUUAUAUCCCGUUCAUCCCUCCUGUAAUGCAGUAAAUAUUUUCAAACUCUUACCUCAUGUUAUUAUGGUGUUAUUAAUUGAGAACUUGUUUGAAAGUGCUUAUAAAAUAAAUAAAAGUGUUGUUGGUGAAAA